AUGGGUCGCCUUCACUCCAAGGGCAAGGGCAUUUCGUCCUCUGCGAUUCCCUACUCCCGCGCCGCUCCCGCCUGGCUCAAGACCACCCCCGAGCAGGUUGUUGACCACAUCUGCAAGCUGGCCAAGAAGGGUGCCACCCCUUCCCAGAUCGGUGUUGUCCUCCGUGACUCCCACGGUGUUGCCCAGGUCAAGAUUGUGACCGGUAACAAGAUCCUCCGCAUCCUCAAGGGCAACGGCCUCGCUCCCGAGCUCCCCGAGGACCUUUACUUCCUGAUCAAGAAGGCCGUCGCUGUCCGCAAGCACCUCGAGCGCAACCGCAAGGACAAGGACUCCAAGUUCCGCCUCAUUCUGAUCGAGUCCCGCAUCCACCGUCUGUCCCGCUACUACAAGACCGUCGGUGUCCUGCCCCCCACCUGGCGCUACGAGAGCGCCACCGCCUCCACCCUCGUCGCAUAA